UGUAACUAAUUAGUUGUGCCAGUCAGUUAAAUUUUAGGUUGUUUACAACAUCAAGGUCAAUGUUAACACACAUCGGCAUGGCUAAAAAUGCUCAACAUCUAAGACAAACAAAGAAAUGGAUAAUCUGCUUCCAGUGGAAUUGCCAUGGUAAACAUUCCAACUUUAUUUAAAACUGAUUCCUAAAAUGCUUGCAAGCAUACACAUGAAAGAGCCUAAAAUAUAAGGAAAGUGGUUGGUGUGAAUCCUGUUGAGCCUUUGGGUACAUGACGCAGAUGCCUGUACUCCUGAAUAUGUGUGUUUAUUGGAGGGUAUGUGUGUGCAGAGGAAGGUAACUGGGACAGAGGAGAGCUUUGUGUGCUGUUCCAUAUUCAGCUGGGCAGCAUAGCUAUCUCUCACUCAGAUUUCAGCCUUUUUGAACAUGCAGUGGCUUCUUUUCACUCUUCUCACAUUUUAUGCAGAGCAGUUUGAUUCCAGUGCAGAAGAAAAUGGUAACUCGUCCCUGAUGACUGGGAUAAUAUCAGCUGAGUCAGAAGUUCUCCAUCGCAGGCAGUUUUGCCAUUGGCCUUGCGAAUGCUCACACCAAAGCAAUUGCCUACCAGGAAUGAGCCGGGUAAAAGAUGGCUGUGGAUGUUGUAAGAUGUGUGCCAAACAAUUAGGAGAAAGCUGUAAUGAAGCAGAUGUGUGUGACCAUCAUAGAGGUCUAUAUUGUGAUUAUUCCGCUGACAGACCUAAGUAUGAAGUUGGAAUUUGUAAAUAUAUGCUAGCAGUGGGAUGUGAGCUCAAUGGAAUUCUUUAUAAAAACGGGCAAACUUUCCAGCCCAGUCCCUAUUACAUGUGCCUGUGUAUAAGUGACACAAUUGGAUGCACACCAAUACUUGUUGGAAAACAGGACCAAACUCAAUGUGCCACGUCCCCAGAUGUUUGCUGGGCUUUUAACCUGCUUCCUGCUCUGACAUCCCUAAGCCAAUAUCUACCUUUCAGGUUUGCAGCCAGUUGGCCUGUGUAUGGUGCCAUAAUGAUGGCUGUCCUGAUGAAGGCACUUUAUAAGGUUUUGCCACUUGUCUGGAAAAGAAAAUGCCUUGUCCAUGCUACGCAAUGGAGCCCUUGCUCAAAAACCUGUGGUAUGGGGAUUUCUAUCCGAGUGACCAAUGAAAACAGCAAAUGUGAACGUAGGCAAGAGAGGCGGCUCUGCUUUCUCAGGCCCUGCAACUCCACCUUACUCAGCACUAUCAAGGUUCCAAAAGGAAAGACUUGCCAACCCACCUUCCAACCUCCUCAGCCAGUGAAAAUGGUGAUAUCAGAGUGUUCAUCAGUGCGUACCUACAAACCAACUUAUUGCGGGGUGUGCAAAGAUCGCAGGUGCUGCAUACCUAACAAAUCCAAAAUGAUAACAGUCCGUUUCAACUGCCCAAAUGAAGGAUCUUUUUCGUGGAAAAUUAUGUGGAUAACAUCCUGCGUUUGUCAGAAACAAUGCAAUCAUCCUAGAGAUGUAUUUCCUCACCUUAUUUUUUUGUAAGCAGCCCCUCCCAUGUUUUGAUUCCAGGCUGUAAGUAUACUUCUCAUUUUUGCAUUGUUGAGCUCGCAAAUGUGGAAAAAUGGGGAGAAAACAAUGACUGGAGGUAGGGAAGCACCUCUGGAUGGGAUUAAACAUUAAACAUUCUGGAUACACAAGUCUGGAAAAAUCACAAUGUGGAAAGGAUAUUAUAAAGGAGUUAUGAAGACUAAUUCUACAACAUCUCUACAAGAAUAAAAGUCAAAUCACGUACCUUCAAAUAAGAAACCCAUUACAACAAACUAAAUAAGGUUAAGUGCCAGAGACUGGAAUGGAUUCUCCUUGCCACCUUCUAGUGUCCUGCAUAAACAUUUGUGAUGAGAUCAUUUAAAGUCACUUUUGAAACAAGGCAUAUUAUAUAAUGUGGUCACAUUGUUCCUGUGUGUGUGCACAGAUAGAUUUCAUAUUUUUGAAUUAUUGUGCCCCCUUACUUCUUACUUCUACUACCUAUUUAAAGUAAUAUGUUUUAUUGCAUUCAUUUGUUGAAGGAAAUACCUGAAUCUUAAAAAAAAAAAAAAAAAUUAUAUAUAUACAUAUAUAUAUAUAUAUAUAUAUAUAUAUAUAUAUAUAUAUAUAUAUACGAUACAAAUGCUAGUAACAGAACUCACGCUUUGCAGUAUCUUUGCGGUGCACGUCCCAUGAGGUCUCCGGUCAUAUAUACACACACACAUAUACACACACACACACACACACA